AUGCGACUGCUCCUAUUUUUCAUCCUGGCAUUGGCAGUGAGGGCUACUAAUUGGUAUCGGUUAGAGCCCGAGAAAUUGACCGACGUCCAGCGAGUCCCCUCUCUUCAAACCCUCGCCACCUCCCAGCUAACACACAACCAUGGCUCCUGGUGGACGGGCUCUCUCAUCAGCGCAAAAAAUGGUCAUCAGUACUUCGUGAUAUCUCAUUACGUGAACUCGGGUGGGCAGCGAGACCUCUACCGUGCAUCUGUGUUGGACUUGGACAGCUUGGAAUACCAUUCCUUCGUGCAGGUCGGCAAUGGAUCAUAUCCCUCCUCUGACUUCUUUCAUCUGGUCGUGGGUAUCGGUGGAAACGGCUUCGAGGGUAUCUCUGGUGACAACCUCGCCGCCAUGCGCACCCACAGUACACAAGAUGACGUGACAUUCGAUCUCAUCUACCACCUCUCCACGCUGCCACUGGUCACAGGCGGCCCCGAUAUCAACAUCCUCGACGAUGGAAAAGCCUACGGGUGGGCUCUUCCCGCCUGUAAGACUUAUGGCACUAUGACCAUCAACGAUCAGAAGAUCCAUGUCGACAGUCGGCAUUCUUUGACGUGGUACGAUCGAUAUUGGGGCAGCGGGGGUCUUUACAGCAACUGGACCUGGUUCCAUCUGCACAUGCCCGGCGGAUUUAAGCUCAGUAUCUGGGCAGGCGAUCGGGCAGAUAAUGGUUCUGAUGAGCGCUUGGCUACCAUCCGUACCUCGAAGGGGUCACUAACUCUUGUCGGCGUGUCUUGCACUCCUGAUUCGGAACACACUUGGUAUAGCUCUGCUACUGACAAGACGUACCCGCUUGCUUGGACUGUUCUCAUUCCAGAUUAUAUUUCGACGCUCAGGAUUAUUAGCAUCACUGAAGACCAGCUUUCUGUGGGUCCUUCGGCAUCGGGGGCUGCUUAUGGGGGUUUUGUUACUUUCUCGGGUGAGUUCUUGGGUGCCCAAGUCGAGGGCUAUGGUAUGGUUGAGAUUGCCGGCCAGUAA